AUGCAGUCAGCAAAAGAACUGGGCUCUGCACUGGGAUUAAUCGAUCAAUCAUUGCUAUGUUUGUUCCCAUUGAUGAAAGUCACUGCAGACUCUGACUCAAAGACAAUUGCGCGAGCUCCCCUUACAUGGCUCCGAGACAACUGUCGUGGUAACAGCGUUGCACGGUCUCUGCUGCAACCCAACUCCCUCUGCCAACCACACAAUACUAAUCAUUUGGGCGCCUUACCACAAGCUCCGUUCACUCUCCAUUGCCCUCCUGUUUGCCCCCUUCCCGCCCGAGCCACUACUGCGAUGGCCACUGCGUCUGCAGAUUGGUACUCGAGGCAGAUUGCCUUCGGUGAACCACCACAGAGCUCGACACAUCAGAAAAACGGCCUCCAGUCGUCGAUCGCCGACCUUACCUCCGAAGCCGAAGAUAUCAUUAUGGAAGGCUCCAUUUUGACGCUGCCGCCUGAACUUGUCCAGCAGAUUUUGUCUUAUCUUUCAGCGCAAGAGCUGGCUCGUGUAGCCGUCACAUGUCGCUCUCUCGCUGAGCACGUCGACAACGAGCUGCUGUGGUUAAAUCUGAUCAACUCUUAUUUACCCGAGCCGAUCCAUGACCCUGGUCUGUUCGACUCCUUUCGUAGCCUCUACAUUGCCCACCAUCCCUGUUGGUUUAUUCCGAAGCAUAAAAUCUGGUUCUCCGACACCGAGCAUACGGGAAAUCUGAUUCUGGCGCGCUAUGAUCAUCGGCGAGGAGUCAUCGAGGCAUACCGGGUGAUCGCAGAGCGCCGCUCUCACCAGUUCCAAAUAUGGGACUGGAACCCAGACGUGAUCAUCCAGAGCUUCGAUCCCAGGCGCGAGGGGCGGCCACACUAUCUGCACGGCGAGAUUCGCAUGCCGAUGCCUCUGGAGAUGCAGCAUGUCUUCAAUGCAUUCUCACCCUGCUCCAAAUAUCUGCCGCCAAACCUCGAUGCCAGUAAACAGUGGCCACCACCGACGAUUCCAAGUACUCACCGAGUCUAUCGCGACGUGGAACUGCAGUUACCGGACUGGGAGCGUAACCCUCGACGGCUGGAGGAGAUGUCCGAGUACGGGUUCCGGAUCCGGAGAUGGGCGCAUUUCCGGCUAGGGAUUCCUAUAUUCACGGCAGGGCGCAACGAGACCCUCUCGACCUUCGCCACGCUUGACCCCGAAGUGUAUACGCCGACUGAGCGCAAACCCUAUCAAGGCAUUUGGGUCGGCGAUUAUUCAGCCCAUGGGUGCGAGUUUCUGCUCAUCCUCCAACGCGACCGCCGGAAUGAAUCGCCUAGCGCGGCCCAGCCGUCUGAUGGCGACGAGCCGACGCUGCAGGGCAGCCUAGAGGCUGUCAAAUUAACAGGUGAUCCUAAUGUACCCCGUGGGGAGAUCUCGUUCGCAGCGGACGAAAUCGGGCCUGAAGGCCUGGUGCGUAUCGCCGACGAAGGCCUUUUCCAAGGGGCAAGGAUUGUGCGCAGCCGAGGCCAUGUGGCGGGCCUCGGCUUCCGUGAUGACACGUUUAUCUCCUCCCAGCUGAUCCUACUUUCAACAGACUGUGUGGCUCAUUAUUGGGAAACGAUGGGCCAUAUUUCUUACUACCGCCGACUCGAUAUAGAUGCCCUCCUACAAACGUGA